ACCGGCGAGCCCUCCUCUCCUUCAUGCAAGCCGCCUCCGACCCCCCCCGGCGCCCUGAGCUCAUGGGGUGGUAACGCCUCUCUCUACUGCAGCCGGAGAGGGGUCACAUGUGGUGAUGCUCUCCCCCUCCGCGUUGUUUCGCUGCAGCUCAACUCUCUGCAGCUGGUUGGGGAAUUGUCGCCUUCCCUGGGUAACCUUUCUUCAUUAGCACGGUUGGAUCUUGGAAACAAUCAGUUUUUUGGAGGCAUCCCUGAGGAGCUGGGCAAUGGCCAGCCUCUCAGCUAUGUCAAUCUUGCAAACAACAGCCUCACCGGUGGCAUCCCUCCCGGGUUGGCCAGAAGCUCAUCCUCCUCACUCAGCAAGCUCAUCCUCUCGCGCAACAAUCUUGCUGGUCAGAUCCCUGCUACUCUGUUUGCUAACGCGUCUGCACUUACCAGGGUUGAUCUCCGGAUGAAUUCUCUGACUGGUGCCAUCCCGCCUUUCGGCAAGGUCACAUCCCUCAAGUACCUUUGCGUUACUGACAACUUCCUUUCUGGAAGCAUACCUGCUUCAGUAGGAAAUAUUUCUUCUCUCCGCUUCAUGUUGCUAGGCCAAAACAAACUUACAGGAUUAAUUCCAGAAAGUUUGCGGCACCUUUCGAAACUUCUUGACCUGGAUCCAGGGCCGGCUCUACGGUUUGUAGGGCCCUAGAGCGAAGGAGACACUAUGGGCCCUAUGCUAAAUAUUUUUUU